CAAUUGUUUACCAAAAAGGAAAACGCUGAGGUUGGUCACAAGAAACAAAGUUUCUAUGAAAAAAAUCCCAAUCUCCUAUUCAGUAAAAGUUUAUGAUAUAACCAGCAAAGUCCAAGUUAACACCAAAGUCAAUCUUUCCAGUAAGUUGGCUUUUGCUACUUCAAAAUAUCUUUAAGAAGUAGUUGCAACACUAGUUCAAACUUCCCCUUGUAGCUAAUUGCACUGCGUCAGCUGAUUCUCAAGCUUUCAUAGAGAAGCUGGUACUCCAGCUUUCUAAUAAGAGGACAUGCAUAUGCGUUACUCCUCCCUCUCUUCAGCAGUGGUUUUCAAAAUCAGCAGAAGUUCUUAAAACACAAAUGAACAGCUAAGAAAAUCCUCACAAAUGGCUGCACCUUCAGCUGAUUUACUGACCACUCUUCCAUACACGAAAGCUUUUGGGGGUAACCAAAGUGAUCUACCCACGAAUGCAUCAGAAAUUCCGCCCAAAGCAAGCUGUGACUUAGAAGACCAUGCAUUGUCACUUGCUCUCAUACUUUUUUACUCUGUUAUUUUUGUCGUUGGAUUGGUUGGAAAUAUUAUAGCCCUGUUUGCAUUCCUGUGCAUUCACCAGAAAAGGAAUUCCAUCCAAGUUUACUUGCUAAACGUAGCCAUCGCAGACCUUUUGCUGAUCUUCUGUCUUCCCUUCCGAAUACUGUACCACAUUUUCAACAACACAUGGAUGUUUGGAUGGAUUUUAUGCAAAAUUGUAGGAACUCUAUUUUACAUGAACAUGUACAUUAGCAUAGUACUGUUAGGACUAAUUAGCCUAGAUCGUUACGUAAAAAUAAAUAAGUCUGUGAAACGACCUAAGAUGUUAAAUACUACCCGAAGUAUACAUAUUUGUUGCAUUGUGUGGGCAGUUGCACUAACAGGAUUUUCAUUAGUAGUUGUACCAUCUCUCUUCACAAGUGAGAUCAGCAAUUCUACCUUGUGCUUUCAUUAUCGGCAUAAGAAGAAUGCAAUAACAGAAGCAAUUUUAAAUUAUAUUAUUGUCAUCAUUUUUUGGACAGUUUUUCUCCUUUUGAUACUUUCCUAUGUUAAAAUUGCCAAGAACCUACUGAAAAUUUCAAGGAAAAGAGCUAAUUUUCCCAAUGCAGUAAAAUACACCCAGACAGCAAGGAAUUCCUUCAUUGUACUCAUUAUUUUCACCAUAUGUUUUGUUCCAUACCACAUGUUCCGAUUUGUCUACAUUACAUCACAGUUACAAGAGCCAUCCUGUUACUGGAAGGGAAUAAUUCACACAUGCAAUGAAGUUAUGCUCAUAUUUUCAUCUUUUAACAGCUGCUUAGAUCCAGUUAUGUAUUUCCUAAUGUCCAGUAGCGUCCGUAAGACUGUCUUCCAACUUAUUUGUAGAAGAAUUCACGGAGAUUCAAGUGUGACUCUGGAAAGUACUUCAGAAAUAAAACUUGGACAAUAUAUGCAAGAGAGAUUUUCUACUACCACUCCGCAUUCAAGUUCUGUAAAGAAGAAGUCUGACUUAAUCAAGUCAACAGAUAACAGCUUUUCUCAGUGUCACUUUCGGACGUCAGCUUAAGAUGCGCCAAAUACAAUAACUGAUGGAUACUAACCUCUUUUCAUUCUUCCCAUUACAAAAUGAGAAGUCUUACUUCUGUUUGUGAAAAUGAGAAGAAACUUUUCAGAAGUAUUUCCCUUUUGUUUAUCCAAGAAAACAAAACAGGAAACUUCCUUCAAGUUAUCUCAGGCACCUUCUGUGGGACUAACCUAGAACACUAAGUCUUUGGGGAGAUGUCCACAAAGUGGUUUAAGCCUGUGUAAGGAGUCUUGUAUACAGAUAUUAAUAUGAGCAAUUCAUAAACAGAUGCAUUUUGCAGAAGUAAUGUGUCCUAUUCAAAAGAGCUACAUGAAUCAUUAAAGCCUUUAUGUACUGUCUGCUUUAACAGGUUUCAAAGAGAUCAGCACUGAACUGUAUUUACAGAAUUUUUGCAAGGAAAUAUUUGAGAAUUUAGCAACAUAUCUGGCUCAAAAAUGAGGUGAAGAACACAGCUGCCAUUGAUUCAGUUAUAAUUACUGGAGAUUUGCUUCAUUAAAUAUAAAAACCAAAAUAAUCAAGCCUCCUUUAUUACUCAAACCCUUUAUUAUAUUUUCAAUGUUUUAAUGAAUGUCAAGGUUGAGUACUUGAGGUAAAGUUAAGCACUGGUUAGAAAUCAGUUAGAAAUUUGUGAAGGAGAGAUGACAUGGGUAUUUUCAGCUAGUUAGGAUUUCCUUCAAACUCUGAGCAACAAAUUUGGUGACUUCAGCUACACAAAGUAUUUCAACAAGGAAAAAACUGAGCAUACACAGAACGGAAAAGUUAGCUAUUGUGAACACUGGAAGCAUCAGCUCUGUUCUUUGCUCAGGAUCAGUCAUCUAGUCUAUUUAUAGGUUUAUGGAUUCAGGCACAAAGUAAAAUUUUGAAUUGUAAGGUUGUUUAAAACAGGUGAGCUGAAAGUGGAGCUUGUUAAGACCAAAAGACAUGCAAACAGACACUUAUACUGAGAGUAAUUUACAUGCCUAGCACAAGAAUCCAGAAAGAUGAACUAAUUGGAUAGUAGAUGUUAGGCACUAUCACUGCAAAAGAAGAUUCUAUUACGCUUAACACAUAACAACCAAUAUUGCUCAGGUUAACUGAAAGACUUUAAUAUUAAAUAUGAUUACCAAUUCUCUAAUAGAUCACAUGGCUUUAUACCUAAUCUGUCACAAAAUGUGAAGAUUUUUAAUUAUACAGCAAAAUAUUCUGAUUUUAUAGAAGCUAGUUAUAAACUGUACAUGCUUUACAGAUUGUAGAGAAGGAGCACCAGAAGCCAUGUAUAAUAUCAACAGAUGAUUUAAAAAAUAAAACAAAACAUUAAAGAGUAAUACAGUCCCCGGGACCACAUAUUACAUUACAUACUACUUCACUUUAAUUAACCUCUGUGCAUAAGGAAUGAAAAGCAUAUGUGAUUCAAAACUUGAAUGAGAUUCAGAAGCUACAGUUUAGUGUUUAUAUUAGGCAAUUGCAGCACCUACGAAAACAUAUAAAAUUAGGCAAGCUAGGGUAGAUAAGGUGCCCAGGGAAAAGUGAAUAAAUUUGUUUGAGAAAAAACAUCUACCACCUAUCAGCUCUAGCAGCGCUGUUACAGAGGAGCCAGCAAAGGAGCUCUCCAGUAGACUUGAGAAGCAUCAGGACAAAGGGGAUAAUGUUGUACAUGGACUCUAGCAAGAUCAUUCACAAAAGGUCCUAAAGAAAUUAGAAUAUUAGAUGAUAUUUCUUAUUUUGGAACUAGUUAAAAAGUGGAAAUA